CCACACAGCGUCCCCUCUCGGCCCGGCACUCCGCGCGCCCCGCAGCGGCCACGCUGGACCACAGCUGCCUGGGAAACACCUCUCCCGCAGUUAUGGAGAAAACUACAGAUGUACUUCCUCUCACUAUGAAUUCUUCAGAGAAGCAAGAGACUGUAUGUAUUUUUGGAACUGGAGAUUUUGGACAAUCACUGGGACUUGAAAUGCUCCAAUGUGGUUAUUCUAUUGUUUUUGGAAGUCGAAACCCCCGGAUGUCCAGUCUGCUGCCCAACGGUGCAGAGGUCCUGAGCUACUCAGAAGCGGCCCAGAAAUCUGACAUUAUAAUCAUAGCAAUCCACAGGGAACAUUACGAUUUUCUCACAGAAUUAACUGAGGUUCUCAAUGGGAAAAUACUGGUCGACGUCAGCAACAACCUCAAAAUCAAGCAGUAUCCGGAAUCGAACGCAGAGUACCUUGCUCAGUUGGUGCCGGGAGCCCACGUGGUAAAAGCAUUUAACACCAUCUCAGCCUGGGCUCUCCAGUCAAGGGCACUGGAUGCAAGUCGGCAGGUGUUUGUCUGCGGAAAUGACAGCAAAGCCAAGCAAAGAGUGAUGGAUAUUGUUCGUAGUCUUGGACUUACUCCAUUGGAUAAAGGAUCUCUCAUGGCAGCCAAUGAAAUUGAAAACUACCCACUGCAACUAUUUACAAUGUGGAAGUUCCCCUUCUAUUUGUCUGCUGUUCUGUGUGUAUUCUUCUUUUUCUACUGUGUAAUAAGAGAAGUAAUCUACCCUUAUGUUUAUGAAAAAAAAGAUAGGACAUUCCGCCUGGCUAUUUCUAUUCCAAAUCGUGUCUUUCCAAUAGCAGCACUUACACUGCUGGCCUUGGUUUACCUCCCUGGUGUUAUUGCGGCCAUCCUGCAGCUGUACCGAGGUACAAAAUACCGCCGAUUCCCAGACUGGCUUGACCACUGGAUGCUUUGCAGAAAGCAGCUUGGCUUGAUAGCACUGGGAUUUGCCUUCCUUCAUGUCCUCUACACACUUGUGAUCCCUAUUCGUUAUUAUGUACGAUGGACAUGGACCAACAGAACCAUUGCCCAGGCAAUAGCCAAGAAAGAAAGUCCAUUUAGUACCUCUACUGCCUGGCUCAGUGAUUCAUAUGUCGCUAUGGGAAUGCUUGGAUUUUUCCUGUUUGUACUCCUGGGAAUCACUUCCUUGCCAUCAGUUAGCAACAUGGUCAACUGGAGAGAGUUCCGAUUUGUCCAGUCCAAACUGGGUUAUUUGACCCUGAUCUUGUGCACAGCCCACACCUUGGUGUACGGCGGAAAGAGAUUCCUCAGUCCUUCAAGCCUCGUCUGGUAUCUUCCUUCAGCCUACGUGAUAGCACUGAUCAUCCCUUGCACGGUGCUGGUGAUCAAGUUCAUCCUCAUCCUGCCAUGUAUAGACAAGACCCUUACACGGAUCCGCGAGGGCUGGGAAAGGAACCCGAAAUUCUCAGAAUCAGCAGUGAAUGGAAAAACAGAUAUUUAAAGCAAAGUUCAGUUCACCUGGACUUCUUAACUAUGGUGUUGUAUGUUUAGAGAAUAAUAAUGGGUGCAGUGAAGAAAGCGUUUUUCUCCCACCACGGGCUGAAGCUUGUGAACAGAGAAAGAAAUCAUGCCUGACUUUGAGAAAUGGACACCGUUUGAUGUCAGGCCGGUGUUGAAUCGGUGUUGGCCCCUGCCUCUCCUUUUGCUGGAGGUGGGGGUGGUGCUGAGAUCGCGAUUAGCUGUGUGGUUUCACACUAGGAAGCUUCUUUGUUGCGGGCAGCAUGCAUGACCUAAUGUCUUGCAAAAUCUAGGGGAAGUCCAUGCACUUUCCUUCUCUGGAUCAAGGGCAGAGAGGAGUGAAAGAGAAAACAGUAAGAUGGUGGCCACUGAUCAAGGCUUUAUUAGAUAUGUCUGAAGAAGAGGGCUGAGGAAGUAAAAGGAAUGAGAUUUUUGGUUUGGUUUUUGGCAGUGCAAGUUAUCAUAAAUAUUGCCAUGGUGAAUUCUGUAGUUGCGUGUGCUCUUUGAUUUUGUUACCAAUAUGGAUAUGUAGUGUGGGGAAUUAUUUUAUAAAACAAUAAAAAUAUCACAAUUGAUUGGAAGUAAUCAAGGGUUGGAUAUAUAAAAAUCUAUAUCAUAAGAUAUAGAUCCUUCCUCUACAAAGGAAUAGGUAUAGGAAAGAUUGAGUUAAAAAUGAGGGAUACCCACUUGGAUUUUCUCAAUGUACAAUAAGCAAAGAAGAGCUGAUAAAAGCCCUUGUGCAAAAAGUUCAA